UGGUGCUGCCUGCCGAAUAGGCAGGAGAAGCCGGUUCGGGCUGCGCAGGGCCAUUAUAUCGGGCCUUACAAGCCACUGACCAUGCUGUGGGGCGAGAGUCUGCUGGCCUGUUACACCGCCCUCUUCCUGUUCUUGCUGCUCCUCACCCGCAGCCCGCUGCUCUCCUCAUGCCUUAUCUGCGGCCUUUUCUCCCUGCUGCUCUGCGUCAGGUUCCAGCCUAUCCCGAGGACCAGGGCCUUGCAGGUGCUGAAGCCCCGGGGUGAGGUUUCUUCUAUAGCUCACCGAGGCGGGGGGCACGAUGCCCCUGAAAACACCCUGGCUGCGAUCAGGACGGCUGCAAAGAACGGCGCUACUGGCGUGGAAUUGGAUCUUGGGUUUACGAGUGAUGGAGUUCCCAUUCUCAUGCACGAUGACACGGUUGAAAGAACAACAGAUGGAUUUGGCAAGUUGAAUGACCUCACUUACGCUCACAUCAAAACGCUUAAUGCCGCAGCUAAGCAUCACUUGCAGGACAAGUUCCAUGGAGAAAGGGUUCCUACAUUGGAAGAGGCAGUUAGAGAGUGCAUACAUUACAAUCUGAUUAUUUACUUUGAUGUCAAAGGCCAUGCUGAUCAGGCUGCUAAAACUCUCGGGAAAUUGUAUAAGGAUUACCCUCAUCUGUAUAACAACAGCAUUGUGUGUUCAUUCGAACCAAGUGUUAUUUAUAAAAUGAGACAAGCAGACCAACACGUUGUCACCGCUCUCACACACAGACCGUGGAGCCUUAGUCACUUCGGAGAUGGUAAAAAGAAAUUUGAUUCUUUAUUAAAACAUCACUGGUACAUGUUUCUGGAUGUUUUGCUGGACUGGGGGCUACACAACAUACUAUGGGAUCUCUGUGGAGUAUCGGCUUUCCUUAUGCAGAAGAAUUACAUCUCACAAGCGUAUGUGGACCAUUGGAACCUCAGAGGUAUCGAAGUUGUAGCGUGGACAGUUAACAGCGCUUCCGAAAAAUCUUUUUAUCAAACUGUCUUGAAUAGCAAUUACAUCACUGACAGCUUGGUGGAAGACUGCGACCCCCACUACUGACCUGCAAAACUUGAAGCACUCUCCAUUACAAAACGGAUAAUAAUGGCCCUGAUUGCCUUACUGUUCCUUGUUUAGAGAGAUACUCAGGUCGAAUGACCAUCUCAGUUGUUUUCAUCGUCCGUAAAAAUAACUAUGGACUAUUCUGUUGUUUUGAACAAGGGAGCAAAACAUCAAAUCGGGGUUCGAUUAUACAUUGUUCUAUAGAUUAUCGACAUUCUUGUCAGAACAGGUGCUAACUUGUUACUAGUUUUAGGUGAAUAAAGGGAAAUAAAUUAUAUGCAUCGGGAAAUAA